AGCUGAUUAAGAGCGUCAUACCCGUGGAGAGCUCCAACCAAUCACACGCCACUUCCGGCGUGAGGGGCGUGGCGUGGCGGCCACGCGGCGGUGAAGUGGUGAAAACAAAUGUUUGCAGGCGGGAAAUGAUUGUCAUCUCUUUCAUGUUUGCAUCAUCGCUUCACUUCCGUCUCCCACGUUAGUCCUGAUGGAGAAGUCUAAAAACUUCCGAAUCGACGCCUUACUCGCGGACGAGACGAGCCGAGCGAGCCGCGACGUGUCCCCGGGAAUGAGCAGCGACAGCCCGGCGGGGAGCCCCGUGUCGUGCCGCCGCGGAGACACACCUUCCCCGCGGGCCGCCUCGCAGCUCCACGCGGCGGCGGGCAUCCUCCCCAAAGCCUCCAUGCUGGGUCUGGCUCACCAUCACGGGCUCACCUCGCUGCCCCAGGCCGCCGUCCCGGGCAUGUACCCGCCCGCCAUCUACCCGCUGUCCGCCCUGGGAGGCCAGCACCCCGCCUUCGCCUACACCGGCUUCACGCACCUCUCCCACGCCUACCCCGAGCACCUGAAGGCGGCCAUGGCCGGCUCAAUGCCCCUGGAGCACUGGAUCCGAGCUGGCAUCAUGAUGCCCAGACUGCCCGACUACGGACCUCAGUCGGGUCUGCUGGGGAAAUGUCGCCGGCCUCGCACCGCCUUCACCAGCCAGCAGCUGCUGGAGCUGGAGAACCAGUUCAAGGUCAACAAGUACCUGUCCAGACCCAAGCGCUUCGAGGUGGCCACGUCCCUCAUGCUGACUGAGACCCAGGUGAAGAUCUGGUUCCAGAACCGGAGGAUGAAGUGGAAACGCAGUCGGAAGGCCAAGGAGCAGCUGGGCUCUGCGGGCCAGUCGGAGGCCGAUGGAGGGAAGAUGUCCAACAAAGCCGAGGACAAAAGGAACCCGGAAGGUGGAGGAGGUGUGCAGCUGGACUUGGAGGAGGAGGAGGAGGAGGAAGACGAGGAGGAGCAGGAGGAAGAGGAGGAGGCGGAAACCCAGCGUGGCUUCCCGGUGCACGGACGUGAGCGCGCCUUGGACUUCCUGCAGCGCGAUGACCUCACCUUUAAUGGACACGCCUCUUUUUCUGAUGACCAGCUGGAGGACGUACAAGCAGGACGAGGAGACCGGAAGAUGGUGGCAGGCCUGUGAUCACAUGACUUAUGUGUCAUAAACACACCUGUGAAGGUCUGAUCACAUGACUGAGGACUUAUGUAUCAUAAACACACCUGUGCAGCUGUGAUCACAUGACUUAUGUAUCAUAAAGACACCUGUGAAGGUGUGAUCACAUGACUUAUGUAUCAUAAAGACACCUGUGCAGGUGUGAUCACAUGACUUAUGUGUCAUAAACACACCUGUGCAGGUGUGAUCACAUGACUUAUGUAUCAUAAAGACACCUGUGAAGGUGUGAUCACAUGACUUAUGUAUCAUAAACA